GUAGGCUUGUGAGAGAGACUAUAUCUUCGUGCCUUUAACAUAAGGUCCCUCCUCUCAAGUGGCAUUUAUGUCUGUGUCACUAUCAGACCACCUUGGCCCCUUAUAAAUGCACUGAGCUGUAGAGCUGGGUGCUGUCUUCUGGCUGUGGUGCUGAACUAGCCGGAGGCAUGUGGGUCAUCCCAAGCUUACUUCUUAUUAGCGUUAUGUGCGGGGUGAUGGGGGUUCUCGGUAAGGAAGGAAGCUUGGGCGAUGAGCACUGUGCCCUGAUCUCCUCCCAGCACCAGUACACAGUGCAUCAGGUGACAGAUGGCAUGGAGUUAGUAACCGCUACAUGGGAUGAAAGGAGGCAGUUGGUGUCCUGCACUGUGGAUGGGGAUAACAUAGCAAUUAGUUAUUUUCUGCAACAGUGCAAGAGUGAUAAGCAGAACGUUGGAGGAGACAUGAGCUAUGAAGGUUUUGCUGAAGCCAGGAUGAGGUGUGAGAUCUUCCAGCGUUCAGCUUCAGUAGGGGUGCAGGCUUAUUCAAUGGAUAACACAGACACCUAUCAGCACCACAGAGCCAAGAGAGGUUUUACUUACCCUGGGACCCUGUGGUGUGGGGCAGGGAACAGCGCUGAUGCCUACACUGAUCUGGGUGAGCAUAAAGAGACUGACGCUUGCUGCAGGGAGCAUGAUCACUGCGCUCACGUCAUCCACCCGUUUACUUCCAGCUAUGGCUACAGAAACUUCCGCUGGCACACCAUCAGCCUGUGCCAAUGUGAUGAUAAGUUUAAGGAGUGUCUCCGACGAGUGAACAACACAGCAUCUCGCGUUGUGGGACAAGCAUUUUUCAAUGUGAUCCAGGUUCCGUGCUUUGAGCUGACUUUUAAGGAGCAUUGUGUGGAAAGGUACUGGUAUGGCUGGUGUAAGAAAUAUGAAAAUACAGAAAUUGCUGUUGCUAAAGAAUCUGGUCUUUAUGAUUAUGGGGGACAACUAAUUGAGCAGGUUUCAAAGGAAAAGGACAAAAAUGUCACUCCAACAUCAGCUGUGGAACUGUCACCAGAGAAACCAACUUUAGGACAAGUCAUCCAAGCCACAGAAGACUUGCUGAAGCUUGUGAUGACAGUCAGCCCCAGCACAUCUGAUAUGUCCAAAGUUGAGACCACCACCAAGAAAAAAGAGAAAAAGAAAGAAAAGAAAAAGAAAGACAGAAAGCAAAAGAAAGGUAAAGGACUCAAAGGAAAAAAGAAAAAUCAGCUAAAAAGUGAAGAUGUUAAAUCUCCUGCCAAAGAUAUUUGGACUGAGAAUGUGGUGAAGAAUGAGGGCAGUUUGUUAGAAAACCAUCCUCUAGAUUCAAUAACGUAUGUGGAAAGGAAGCAAAACAUAUUUAAUGAUGUGUUAAAUGACGAACCUCCAAGAAAUGCUGGAACUACACCACAAACAUACACAGUUCCUAUCACGCCAUAUCAGGAAUUCAAGCAUAUAACUCCGCCUCUUCCCCAUACUGUGAAACCCCACUCCGAGAGACCGCUGAAGAACAAAAAGGAAAGAAAGGGAAGGCGACACAAGAAGAGGAAACCCAAAACUGAGCCUUUUGUAUCCGAAAUCUUACGCUAAGCUAUUGGUUAAUUUAACGCCUCAGCAACAUCUGAAUAAUUGCUGUUGUAAUGAUAAAAUAAAUCAAAUAUGCUAAGCUUGCAUAAAUAUACAUUACCCAUGUUGCUGCUAAAGAGUUCUACACAUCAUAUUCAGUAGCCAUUACAUGUUUUCAGUUGCACUAUAAUAUCCAUUUGCACAUUUCAAAAAAACAUUGACAAGAUGCUGCUGUAUACAUUUAUGUUGUUAAAGCGGAUUUUGUGCCAGUGAUUUGGAACUACUGAGUGAUUCCUGUAUGAACUGGCAUUGUCUAAGACUUUAAGCGAGGGCUGUGUGUGUGUGGGUCAUAUCAAUUAUAUUAAUUUUUAAAUUUGCAAAUGGAUCCUAAAAAAUGUGAGCUGAAAUCUACAUUUCCAUUAAAAUAAUCACUUUCACAUUGAAAAUUAUAGGCAUAAAUAUGUUCCAGGAACAUUAUUGGAUCCGUUGUGGUCCAUUCAAAUAUCUUUAUGGUGUCCACAUGUGGCUUUUGGUGAAGUUUUAAAAUCCAAGACUAUUCCAAUCCAUUAUAACCCUGUUACAGAGAUGUAACUACUGUGAUCCCAGUUGGGUCCAAUAUUCUAGGGCUUAUACCCAGCCUUAUAGUACCUAGGUCUCACUGUGGGCCUGAUAUUCAAAAGCUCGCCGGUAUGGAGAGAAAUCAUGCAAAAUCUUUGAGAUAUUUUCUAAACCUUAUAAUGUAAUGUAGGAGUCUCUCCUUUACAUCAAGAACCCAUAGUGAGAUAAACAUUUUUCAAACUAAAAUUUGCGUUUCUAACAUUUUUUAGGGACCUCUCUGUACUGACGAGAUGUCUUAGAUCAUCUCACCUGAGUGGUGAGCUUUUGAAUAUCAUGCCCUUUGCAACUAGGAAUAAAACAAAGAACAGGAGUCACCAAAAUAAACAAAGAUUUAACAAGCAGCGGAUGCUGCUUCCGACCCUGACCACUUCUGGUCUGCCAGAAACGGAAGUUAAGAAGCAGCGGUCAAGCGAUCGAGAUGAUUGCCACCCCCUGCUAGUGGUCGAUUGUCCGCCAGUGAGCAGGGGGCGGCAUUGCACAAGCAUUUCACUAGAAAUACUUGUGUAAUGUUAAAUGCAGACAGCGUAUGCUGUCGGCAUUUAGCGAGGUCAAGCGGACAUGAUUUGCUACAGCAAAUCAUGUCUGCUCGACCCUACAUAAAUCUACCCCAUAGAAUCAGUUAUUAUUCAUAUAUGCUGAUUAAUAUAGUGUUUUUAUGGUGGUAAAUAAAACUAUUCGUAGUUAGUGGUGCUUUGAAAGGAGUACAUUUGAAAUAACUUUAUUUCUGGAGCCAGUGAGUUCUAGUUAUACCUCUGGCACUGAGCUCAUUCAAUAGUGGCAUUCAAAUAAUCAGAAAACACUUUUCCAGUGGUCAUCAUACUUUAUCUCUUGAAAAGUCCUUUUUGGCCUGUUUUGAGCUGCACACCUUGGCUGUUACUAGGCUUUUUGCAAAGAUUAAGUUUCUGUGCAUGCUCAGUUCCCAUGUUAAUAAAUAUGUAUUAUUCAAAUCACUCAUUUAAACUAUUAAACCAGUACAACUUAAAUACAAUCACCACAGUGCAAAAUUAUGAUUGCAAUUAGACAUUAGUAUGUCUUUUUUAAAAUCUUAAGUACAACAUUAUGUAAAAUGAUAUGAAAUUAUUUGCUGCACAAAUGAUAUUGAUUUAUAUUAAAAAGACAUUAAACAC